AUGGAGCGUCUGGAGGAGGAAUGUCGACGGCGCCACUCAGGUGCGCCAAUGACCUACGAGAAAUACUCAAGCAGGCUGAAACAGCUCCGGAAGCAAGCAGCCAGAGCCGGUGUGGCCAGCAGCCACACCCCUGGCACCACGCCACUCCACUUCUGGGACAUCCCCUGGCCGCCAGCAGGCAACUGCUUGUUUCUUUCUCCUGGGGAUUCACCUGGGCUGAAGAAGAGGAAGAUGAAGGAGGCGCUGCUGUUCUGGCAUAUGGAUAAGUUCUUGGUGUGCUGUGGGAGACGGCUGCUAGCGGGGCAUAGGGAAGCGGUGCUCACGAAGGUGGCUGGGCUGAGUCGAGAGGUGGUGGAGGCUGUUCAGAGGUCGCGUCUGUAUGCAGGAGCUGCUGUUGUGGGAUGGUGUGGGAGAAGGGGAGGAUUGCGGCUGGCGGCAGAGCAUAGGGAAGCGGUACUCAAGGUGGCUGGAAUGAGUGAGUCAAGAUGUGGUGGAGGAAAAGAAGCAGGUGAGGGGCGAUGGUUGAAGUCAUUCGGCUGGAUGUGCAUAGAGAUGACUAUUGAGUCGACUCUAGAGUGGCUGGCGGGGCUGAGUCAAGAGGUGGCAGCACAGUGCAGGCUGAGAAGCUGUUCAGGGGAGAGGGUUGCAGCAACCGUUUCCCCUUUGCCAGUUGAUGGCCGAACAGGGGUGUGA